AUGUUCUUCAGCAGAAUGAACCAGAACCUGUUCGGACCCCUGGACGAGCUGCACGAGCUGCACGAGCUGGCCUUCAUCGAGAGACCGGUCCGCAGGAGUCUGAAGACGGCGGAGGAGAUCCAGCAGCUGACUGUGGAUGAAGACCUCAGUGACAUAGAGAGAGCCGUCUACCUGCUCAGUGUGGGUCAAGAGGUGCAGAGAGCCAGCGUCAUCAGCAACCUGCCAAGUCUGGUCCGACAGAAUCCCGCCGAGACGUUUCGUCGGGUCGUUCCAAAAGUCCGGGAGAUCCUGAACGGGUCCGGAGCUGAAAUCCAGCUGUCGGCCGCAGCAUCGUUUCUAACCAUCCUGCAGGACGACAUCAUCCUGAUCCACACCCACACCUACUCCAUCCUGAAGACAGUCCUGCUGCACCUGAACCACCGAGACCCAGUGGUGAGUAACGCCUGGUUGGAGACGCUGCUGUCGGCCAUCAACUCUUUACCGAAGGAGACCAUCAAGCAGGAGGUGCUGAACCCUCUCCUCCACCAGUCGCAGCUGUCUCACCCUCUUCAUACGCGUCUCGCCAGCUGUCACAUUUUAGGAAAAGUCGCCUGCAAGUUUGAUUCCCACAUAGUGAAGACGGAGCUGCUGCCUCUCGCUCGCUCGCUGUGUCACGAUGUGGAGUUCGAGGUUCGAGCCUGUAUGUGCCGUCAGCUGGAGAGCAUCGCUAGGGCAACAUGGGUGGACAACAGCAGGACAGAGCUGCUUCCUGAGCUGGUGACGCUCGCCCGGGACGAGGAGAGCAGCGUGUGUCUCGCUGCCUUCGACACAAUCAUCAAUCUGAUGGAGAUGAUCGACAACGAUGACAGACUCCAUGUGGUGGUUCCUCUGGUGAUGUCGGUGUGCGAGGCGUCUUCUCACGGGGAUGAAACCAUCUUGGCAUCUCUGUCGUUCCAGUUUGGGAAGCUGUGCAGUGGCCUGGCAGGCUCUCUGUCGGACGAGCAGAAGGCCCGGCUGCUGCAGAGGUUCCAGCUGCUGUGUGUCACCGGUCUGCAGACUGAAGAACAACUGACACCUGACAUCAAUGAGUCCAAGCUGAUUCGCUGCAACUGCUGCUACAACUUACCAGCCAUGAUGGUGUUUGCUGAUUCCACCCACUUCCUGUCAGAACUCUACCCGUCCUUUUCCGCUCUUUGUUGUGACCCCGACGUCUGCGUUCGUAGAAGCGCUGCAGCCAGUUUCCACCAGGUGGUGAAGCUGCUCGGCUCAAACGUCCAGGUGCUUCACAAAGAGCUUCUGCUUCUGCUGCAGGACGACGCUCUGGAGGUUCUGGAUGCUCUGAUGAAUCACCUGGAGGAAACUCUGGAGGCGGUUCUGUCCAGAGGAGAGAACCUGAUGUUGGACGACACGUUCCCGGAGCUGCUGGCGGCCCUGUUGUUGGCGGAGCAGAAGGUCGGAUGUUCUCUGCGUUGGCGGCUGCAUGAGAAGCUGCUGCAGCGUUACAGCUGCCUGGCCAGACUGCUGCCUGGAGAAGUGCUGCACCAGAGCUUCUCCCCUCGCAUCUUCAUCAUCCUCACCACCAAUAAGGUGUUGCCCGUGCAGAAGGAGGCGGCUCGAACGUUCUGCACAUUUCUCCGGUACAACCGCAAACAGGAGCAGCGUCAGGAGAUGAUGGAGCGACUGAUCCAAGAUCUGGCUCAAGGUCGGAGCUACUGGAACCGACUGAGGUUCCUCGACAUCUGUCAAACAGCCACGGAGAUCUUCUCCAGGAAGUACUUCAACAAACACUUUUUGAUUCCUGCGCUGCAGCUGGUGCACGACCCGGUCGCCAACGUCAGGUACAAGCUGUGCCAGCUGUUGCCACGGUUACGCUCCUUGCUCCGGAUGCCAGCCGACAAACAGCUGCUGCAACAACUUGACUUCUGCGUCCAGAAGCUUCUGUGCAGAGAGACAGAUAAAGACGUGGUGGCGACGAUCCGUAAGACAGUGUUGGAACUGGACAAACUGGACCUCAAAGAACCUUUUCAUAAGAGACAGGAGAGAGACGUUCUAGACCAGAAGAAGGAGAAGGAGGAGACUCUGCUGCUGGAGAUGGAACAGCUGGAGCGACAACACGGUGACGGGAAACUCAGCGCUGAACCUCAAACAGACAGGAAACGAAGAGAAAGUAAAACCUGUCUCUCUGCAACUAAAUCCAUGUCCAUGUCCUCAUCUGGAAAUGCCUCAUCAUCUGGGAAGGAGAUGAGGAAGGCUAAACUGUCACGGAGUCGAUCCCUCAGCAGUCAGUCGACAACAACCAAACCCGCCAACUCAGAAAGACCUCUGAAGGUUAAGGAGCUGAGCAGCACAUCUGGACCCGGGAAGUCCUCCAUGCUACAGAGCACAGAUGGCUGUUUGAGGAACGCCCACUUCACUUUGUCAACCCAGUCAACCUCAUCCAUGCCAGUCCUGAUCCGCAGCAACACCACCAGCCUCCUGGACCGGGCAGGUACCUUGGACCACAGAACCAGCUCCAUAGACCAGAGACCCACUAAUAUAGACCAGAGAGACCACAGGACGAGCACCUUGGAGCAGCGCAGUAAAACAAUGGAGCGGAGUUGCGGGGUUAAGGACAAUCAAUCCAGAAAGUUGUCAACAAACAGGAAGUCAAACUCUUUCAGUGUCCAAUCCGGGCGAGAUUAACAUGAUGACGUCAUCGUACCUCCAC